AUGCUGGAGGAGUUUGACGCAUUGCAGCGCAACCGUACGUGGCAGCUUGUCCCGCGGGCUCCCCGUGCCAAUGUCAUCACUGGCAAGUGGGUCUUCCGCCACAAGACUAGCCCCGACGGCUCUCUCGAGCGCUACAAGGCGCGUUGGGUGGUGCGCGGCUUCCGCCAGCGUGCCGGCAUGGACUUCACCGACACCUUUGCCCCGCCAGUUCACCAGCUCGAUGUGUCCAAUGCUUUCUUGCAUGACCAUCUCGAUGAGAAGGUGUUUUGUCAGCAGCCUACUAGUUUCUUCGACACUCACUAUCCGGGCCACGUGUGCUUGCUCUCCCGUUCUCUUUAUGGGUUGAAGCAGGCGCCUCGGGCCUGGUACCAGCGGAUCACGGCCUUCCUUCAGCAGCAGGGGUUCUGGUCCACACGGUCCGAUGCCUCCCUAUUUGUUUACCACCCGGGCACCGCCACUGCGUUCCUCCUCCUGUACGUCGACGACAUCAUCCUGACUGCAUCCUCGCCAGCGCUCCUUCUGCACAUCAUAGCUAGCCUCGGCACCGAGUUCGCCCUCAAGGACUUGGGGGCUCUCCACUACUUCCUCGGCAUCGAGGUUGUGCGCCGGGCCACUGGCUUCUUUCUGCACCAGCAGAAGUAUGCCUACGAGCUUCUGGAGAGAGCGGGCAUGCUUAACUGCAAGCUUGCUCCUACGCCUGUCGACACGAAAGCUAAGGUAUCCGCCGUCGAGGGUUCUCUGGCGUCUGACGCUCCCUUCUACCGCUCCAUCGUUGGUGCUCUUCAGUACCUCACGCUGACACGCCUAGACAUUCGGUGCGCUGUCCAGCAGGUGUGCCUUCAUAUGCAUGCUCCUUGUGAUACUCAUUGGGCUCUGGUGAAACGUAUUCUUUGGUACAUACGUGGCACCACAGCUCUGGGUCUCACCCUGACGGCAUCACCUGACACCAGCCUUGUCGCCUACUCCGACGCUGACUGGUCUGGGUGUCCCGACACUCGACGCUCCACUUCCGGCUACUGCGUCUACCUCGGGCCAUCUCUGAUUGUGUGGUCGUCUAAACGACAACCCAUGGUCUCAUGA